GGUGUUGCGAAAACAAGCCUGCGAUGACCCGCGCGGUCGGGGUGUUGCGAGAAAGAAUUUGACGUGGACUUCGGCGAGCAAAGGAAAAGCAGUAGAGAAAGCAGCGUGAUUGUAAAGUAGCCUACUCGAUUGCGGAAGCGUGACAUAAAAUGUCUAAUUUGUAAAUACGUUCAGUAGAGCAGCCCACAUGUUGAGGGACAUUGUUAUGGCAUGUUUCGCGACACUAGUCUGCUGAACACAAACGAAGAUCCCUCUCACCUCAGCUCAAAAUACCCAAAAGGAUUGUCAGCAGUCUCUGGUGGAGCCCGACAUCCGUGAAUCCAUAGCUGCCUUUCCAAUCCCUCUAAGAGGGUUUCUUCUGGUCAUCUGCCAAGAGACAGGCUUCCUGCUUGGAGCUCUGGCCGUCUCCUUAGGAAGCAAUCAACAGUCCUGAAACUUCCUGACAUGCUCCCGGCAUUUCCAAGCGGAAUGUGAGUGCAUAGCUGCUCUACAGAUGGCCGCUGGAGAUGCUGAAACCCUCACUUACGAGGUCUUCUACCAAAAUACAACCUUUCCUUCUUUUCCCUUCUCCUCCUCCUCCUCCUCCUCCUCUUCGUCUACUAAACUGCCCUCCUGCACCUACAAUGAAGACUUUAAGCGCUACCUCCUCCCUGCCGUCUACAGCCUGGUGUUCGUGCUGGGCCUCCCGCUCAACUUCGUGGUCAUCCUGCGCAUCUGGAGGACGCGCAAGGCGCUGACCCGCAGCCAGAUCUACAUGCUCAACCUGGCGGUGGCCGACUUCCUGUACGUCUGCUCGCUGCCGCUGCUUAUCUUCAAUUACGCCAGCCACGACUACUGGCCCUUCGGCGACCUGACCUGCCGCCUGGUGCGCUUCCAGUUCUACAGCAACCUGCACGGCUCCAUCUUCUUCCUCACCUGCAUCAGCCUGCAGCGCUACCUGGGCAUCUGCCACCCGCUGGCCACCUGGCACAAGCAGGGCGGCCGGCGGCUGGCGUGGACGGUGUGCGCCGGCGUGUGGCUGGCCGUGGCGCUCCUCUGCGUGCCCACGUUCCAGUUCGCCUCCACGGGCACGCAGCGCAACCGCACCGUCUGCUACGACCUGAGCGUGCCCGAGCGCUCGCGCCAGUACUUCCCCUAUGGCAUCGCCCUCACCUGCCUGGGCUUCCUGCUGCCCUUCCUGGCCGUUGUGGUGUGCUACUGCCUCAUGGCGCGGGUGCUGUGCCUACGGCGGGCCGGCAGUGCCGGCGAGGCCAGCCGCGAGCAGCGGAGCAAGGCGGCGCGCAUGAUCGUCAUCGUGGUGCUGGUGUUCGUGGUCAGCUUCUUGCCCUUCCACAUCACCAAGACCAUGUACCUGCUGGUGCGCAUUCUGCCCCAGGCGCCCUGCCAGGUCAGGAACCUCUUCUCGGUCAUCUACAAGUGCACGCGGCCCUUCGCCAGCAUGAACAGCGUGCUGGACCCCAUCCUCUUCUACUUCACGCAGCCGCAGUUCCGCCGCAGCACGCGCUCGCUCAUGCUCAGGUUCACCACGAUCCGUGACAAGAGCACGUUCGUGUGAGGAGGGGGGAGAGUGUGCCAGCCGGGGGAGAAGGGUGAAGUGAAGUCUGUGGGCUCAUCUCCAUGGACACAGCAUUGUGACAAUGGGCAGCUGAUUACUGAUUAUUGAUCCCACUGGAUAAACAGAACAGGGCAGAACUAGAAACUGUUCAUUUGUUGAGCUAUAUGCACUUAAGACUAACUUCUAACUGCUUUGGCUUCAGCAUUGCUUGAUAGCAUGCUGUCAUACCAGUAAUGGCACCUGAUGAUGAAUGCUUGUUUGCACAUUGUGAUUAUUAUGAGAACUUACCUGGAAUAACCUAGAUCAGUGUUUCCCAAACUUUUUUUCUGGGGACCCACUUUUUAAAAAUGACAGAGUAUCGCGACCCAACUCGUGUG